AUGAUGGGUAAUUCACACGGUACAACAACCGAAACACAAUCGUCUGACCAAAAACGACGUCGACUCGCUGAAUCGCGACGACUCUCUGCGCCAAGCUGUCGAGGACGUCUCGCGAUAAUGGCGUGCAGCAGUAAUGCAGCCGAAAGACGAUGGAAGUUCUUGAAUUCGUCGAAUCGUAUUGCAAUGAGAAGUCUUGAAGAAGGAAUCGACGGUGAUGUUCAGUUAACGAUGAAACCUUUAAAAGAUCGUGCCAGAUCGCUAUCACCCUUGAAACAACUUAGGACUUAUUCGUUCCGCUCAACACCCUCUGAAGAAAGCUUUCUUUCUGAUGUGCAACAAUAUUGGAUUAAACGUUCAUGGUGCUCAGUAAUUGACAGACUGCGGAAGGAGAACCGUGAGUUCGGGUUUUUUGUGCUGAAACGUGUCUUCGAUAGAGCACCACAUCUUAAAAGUGCCUUUUUAUCUCACCAGCAGAUUUCACUGGAGGAAUUACCACCAAACCAUGCUAUUCAUCGACAUUUACAUAUUCUCACGAAAGUUAUCGACCUCGCGGUUCGUUCUUUUUACAGUUUCAUGUGA